UAUUAUUCACUGCGUGUUUAAAGGAUUAGUUUUCAUUUAAUUAUAUUCUAGCAUUUAUAAUUAUAUGGACUUGAACAUAUAAUGUUAUGCAAAAAAUCGGUUUCUACGCCAUGUAUGAAUUACCAGUUGUAAACUGAUGUUUAAAAGGUUAUAUUGAUAUUUAUCUCCGCUUAAAUCAGCAUCGUUAGAAAGUGAUUAUGAUCAAGCGCCGACGUGUUGUGAGAGUACAGGCUUCCCUUCCAGUAUUGAUUAUUUCAUUGUGCCAUGACGGAGUGAUGAUAUUCGGCUACAUGAUUUAUCACCAUGUUCAGUGCUCGGGCCUUGCUGGUUUCUGUGUGUCUCUGGAAUCUCUUUCACCACACGCUGAGUGCGUGGGAGGGGGAGGAAGGAGAUUUCAGCUUUGACGGCCUCCCCGGGGCUCAGCACGAGUUCAAGGUGGAGGUUUCCGGGAAUCAAGAAGAAUGCUUUGUUCAGAAGGUAGCGGAAAACGCUGAGCUGCAUGCCUCGUUUGAGGUUUUGCGAGGCGGAAGUCGAAUGGUGGACUUCUCCAUCAAGGAUGCGUAUAACAACGUUAUCCAAGAAAUAAUAUAUAAGUCUGAGGCUAACAUUAAAUAUAAAGCCCCUGUUACAGGGUACUAUCAAAUAUGCGUCAAUAACAUUCACAGUCGUUUUGUAUCAAAGCUUGUACAUUUUUACAUCGUGACAAUGGUUGAAGCAGAGUGGACAAAGUAUGUGGAAGAGAUUGAGGAAUUAAAAACGGCAGUAGAAAAUUUUACGGUUGUUAUUACGGAAGUUCAAAACUCAAUUAAACAAGUACGCUUGCACCAAUCAUCAACUAGACUAAACGUCAUGAAGGAUUGGUACUUAUUGACUGGAAAUAACUCUUACGUCAUGUAUUGGUCACUAUUCCAAAUUGCAUGUGUCCUUAUGACGUCAUCCUUUCAAGUGUACUUCGUCAGAAAACUAUUUAAUAUUCCAAAUGUGACCCCUACUGCGAAACCGCGAGCUUGAAUAAAUCAGUUUAUUUAUAAAAUGAAA